AAAAUUUUACAUUAAUGCACAUGUGAUGAUUGAAGUUAUGCAGCAACGUCUCAUGUUGUUCGCGUUAUUCACUUCAUUAAUACCGUCACGAUCGAUCAACUGUGUGUUGUAAAACUUCGCUCAAAUCAAAUCACUUUAUAUCUGCAAUGCAUAUAUACCAUGAAGUUCUUAUUUUCAAUUGUUGCGUUCUUGAUUUUCAUUACAGGACAUCGUAGUCUAGUGGAGAAUUCAAGCUGCUACUGUAACUGCAACCAUUAUGGAAGCUCAUCAAUACCAAGAGCGCAACAUUGCACAAGUCCAACGAGAUUGGUAAAACAAUGUGUUUUCAAAAACUUAAACGACAACAAAGACGCUGGCGCGUUAACUCAAGUAACUUGUGCUUUCAACAAACAGAAAACAGACACGUCACUACGUGUGACAUUUAAUGGUAAUAUGAGAGUGAUUGGUUGUUUGUCUGGAUGUUGUCGUCGCUGGUAACAAUGAACGGUUGUGGAAAUCGACAAUGUUUGGAUUUUUUAUAUUUUGACUAUCAUAAUAUCUGAUGAGCAUACCAACUUAGAUGAGUGCGUGGAUAAGGGAACGAAGAGCUGUGGCUGUCAUGGGAACUCUUGAAGACCAGAAUCAAACUCAGACAACAGCUAUGAAAAACUCAAGUGGACAGAAUUUCAGAUGCCAACAGAUGCCACCACUCUGAAAUUCAAUUCAAUGGUUCAUUUGCCAGGUGGUGAAUCAUAUGGGACAAAUAAUCCAAAAACAAUAUCUGAUGGUGAAGCACCGGCAAGAAAAGUAAGACUUAAUGCUUUUUAUAUGGAUCAAUACGAAGUUAGUAAUCAUGAUUUUGGCAUUUUUGUCGAUGGAACUGGUUAUGUUACUGAGGCGGAAGUAUUUGGUAAUUCGUUUGUUCUUGAAAGCAAACUUUAUGAAGAUUUGAAGAAAAACAUCACUCAAGCUGUUGCUGGUUCUCCUUGGUGGCUUCCAGUUGUUGGAGCUACCUGGAAACACCCAGAAGGUCCAGGCUCAACAAUAAAAUCAAGGCUAGACCACCCAGUUUUACAUGUAUCAUGGAAAGAUGCAUUGACAUACUGCAAAUGGCUUGGUAAACGGCUUCCUACUGAAGCUGAAUGGGAGUAUGCCUGCCGUGGUGGAUUGCAUAAGAAGGUGCUUCCUUGGGGAAAUAUUUUCAAAGUCAAAGGGAAACAUCGUUCUAAUACGUGGCAAGGAGAGUUCCCCGUUCAGGACACGGCGGAAGACGGAUACGCGGGAACAGCACCUGUGUGGAAAUUCAAACAAAAUGACUAUAAUCUUCAUAACAUGGUGGGCAACGUUUGGGAAUGGACUGCUGACUGGUGGGACAUUCGUCAUUCAUCAGAAACUAAGGAAAAUCCCAUUGGUCCAAGCGAUGGUGUUGAUAGAGUAAAGAAAGGAGGCUCCUACAUGUGUCAUAAGUCGUUUUGCUACCGAUACAGAUGUGCUGCUCGGAGUAAGAAUACGCCAGAUAGCUCAGCGUCGAAUUUGGGAUUUCGCUGUGCUAAGGAUGUAGCGUGAGAUGCAUAUUUCACGAAACCAUCCUCUUCUAACUUAUGUCAUUGUAAAUUGACUCAUUAUUGAAAUGAAUGGUGAUUACGCUUUUGUUUGAGUUGUUUUCUCUAAAUAUUCUCAUUUUAGCUACAUCUGGUCCAUGGUCAUGGCAUGGUUACAUGUUUACACCUUAAGCGUUAAAACAAUUAAAGCUUAAGCCUGCAUUUUAGUGAAAGUAUAUCUAAUUUCGUUGAAAUUUACUUAGCUAACUACAAGAGCAUUUUGAACUUUUCACGGAGAAAUAAAAAAAAGUCAGUCAACGUAAACCAAUAGCUGAGCCAUAUGCAUCUUUCCAGCGGUCACUUGAUGUGUACGUUCCACAUCCUCCAAAAUGCAUUUCCGUCAAGAAAAUGAAGUUAUUCGGCAGCUGACGAUGUCCAUACGAAGGAACACCAGAAUUACGCCAGUCCACAGCAACACCUUGUGAUUCAUAAAUCAAAUUGUUUCCGUGAGACAAACUGAUUUUCCUUUCUUUAUGAUUUGGAUAAAAUACAAAGUAGGAGCUUGGAGACUUGACGCAGAUGCUAUAGGAAACUUGUUUUCCAUUUGAUCUACAAGGAAAAAAACAGUGUCAUGCAUAAUAAAGUGAAUCUGAGAUUUCACGAUUUUACGAUUGCAUCAUCGAUGUCUAAUACCAAUUUUCAUUGCCUCUAGUGGAUGAAUCUGAUAAAUAUCAUUUGUGUUUAGCAUCAAUUUGCAUUGAAUGGUGAUGAGAGAAGUCGUUUUGUGAUUGAAGAUAGACAGAAACGAUUUUUGCUAAUUUUUGGGAACUUUGCCGUGAUUAUUUAGGACGAUCGUGUCAUAAAUAGUUUAGAAGAAACCUGUCUUAAAAUGUUGAAGUUUUUGUUAAAAUGUUGAACAAAAAAGUGUACCAGUUAAGCAGUGAUUUUGAUACCCCUAAGUAGUUUAACCUCCAAUCAGUGGCCAUCAAAGCUGACGCGGGAUGAGACAAAAAGAUUCGUAGCAGCUUGUGAAAGCUUAAGCGCAUAUUUGUGAAAAUUACUCGAUGAGGACAUGGGCAAUGGUAUUAUCUGUGUUGGUAUUGAGCAAAACUCAUACGAGAUACCUUUUGAAGUUACAGUAUGUUAACAUUUGAAUCGAUGAGAAAUCGAAUGUAGUUGAACUUGAAAGUAAAACUAAUCAGCAGACGAGUAACUAACGUACAUCUAUCCUGGUUGCGGGAGUUAGAAACAUAUAUUUUGUAAGCAAACAAUGAGCUCAGCACAAUGGUCAUUUUGAAUUGUUAAACUGCCUCCUGCUCGGCAAUUUAUAUAUUCAUUUCAUAAAAGUUAUUCAUGCCAAAUAAUGUUAACUACGAGAGACAUUUUGAUAUUAUUCUAUGGUUAUACUACAUAGCUCAUAUUUAUGAAUAUGAAUAUUGUAUGCAAUUUAUCAUCUCGUGGAUUGCGUAGGUUUUAGAAACAUAGCAUUUCCUACCUGAAACCUUGAGUACUUUGCGCACUCGCUACACUUUUUGGUAACACACCAAGAAAAAGAUAAUCGCGCAUGUAAUAAUUUUGAGGCUGUGUAUAUCCAUUAUAAUUAUGCAUCAAGACUGCGAGAUUAUAUUGAGUAAAUUGUGGAA